CGGCGGCGGCGGCGGCGGCGCGCUGUUGGAGGAGUCUGGCGGAGCUCGAGGCGGUGGCGCCAUGGAGUCACUGGAAGCAAAUGGAAGUGUCCAAGUUGGAGAAUUGUUACCUUGCAAGAUUUGUGGAAGAACAUUCUUUGCAGUGGCAUUAAAAAAACAUGGACCUAUUUGCCAGAAAACUGCCACUAAAAAACGGAAGACUUUUGAUUCAAGCAGGCAAAGAGCUGAAGGAACUGAUAUUCCAACAGUAAAGCCUCUUAAACCUAGGCCUGAACCACCAAAGAAGCCAUCUAAUUGGAGAAGAAAGCAUGAAGAGUUCAUAGCCACCAUAAGAGCAGCUAAAGGCCUUGGUCAGGCCCUUAAAGAGGGUGGCAAACUUCCUCCCCCUCCUCCACCUUCUUAUGAUCCUGAUUAUAUUCAGUGUCCAUAUUGCCAGAGGAGAUUUAAUGAAAAUGCAGCUGAUAGACAUAUAAAUUUCUGUAAAGAACAGGCAGCACGUAUUAGUAAUAAAGGCAAAUUUCCUACUGAUACCAAAGGAAAAUCGACUUCUCGGACACAGUAUAAGCCUCCUGCACUUAAAAAGUCAAAUUCUCCUGGAACCACCUCAUCAGGAUCUUCACGAUUACCACAACCAAGUGGCACUAGCAAAACUGUUGUAGGUGUUCCUUCAGGUAAAGUGUCUUCAGUUAGCAGCUCUUUGGGAAACAAACUUCAGACCUUGUCUCCCUCCCAUAAAGGGAUAGCAGUCCCUCAUGUAGGUAAGAUGGACAAGUUAGGCCCUCCACUUCGAACUGGAAGACAUGUGCAAAGGUUGCAUGACAGUGAUACAAAAUCAGACAGUGCCAUCAAAAGACAUGAGUUAUUACCCAUUUACAAAGCUAACAUCAAACCUCGAAAUUCCACACCACCUAGUUUGGCUAGGAAUCCUGCCUCAAGUAUGCUUGCAAGCAAAAGAAAAACGUAUACUGAGAGCUACGUGGCCAGGCCAGAUGGAGACUAUGUCUCUUCACUUAAUGGUGGAAACAUUAAAGGCAUUGAAGGAAAUUCAGUGGUACACUUACCAAAAUUCUGCCAUGAGUGUGGGACUAAAUACCCUGUAGAAUGGGCAAAGUUCUGCUGUGAAUGUGGCGUUCGAAGAAUGGUUCUGUGAACAGAAUCCAAAAAGAAAAAGAGCUAAGUCCAGAAUUUUAUGACUGUUGCUGCUUGGACAUCUAGAGCACUUCCUCUAGUGAUUUUGUGCUAAAAUCAUUCAUAAUACUUUUUUCAACAGUUUUUGGAGCAUAAUCCUUUGGCUGUGUAAUGUGUGUGUGUAUAUAUGUGUGUGUACAUAUACUGUAUAUAAUAAAUACCUGACAACCUAAA